GCAUCUGCUCCGUAGAAACGCAACGCUGAUGUCGAUGUCGAUGCCGAUGCCGAUGCCGAUGCCGAUGCAGACGCGUCAUCGCUGUUUCGAGAAUGCUGCAAUUGCAUAGGCUAAUGAAAGAUUCGUUAAAAUCCUGUUUACGAUUUCAAUUAACCACGCGGCGAGAACCCACCUAUCUAAUUAAAGUUAAACACGAGCAAGGAUCCACUGUUGGGUCACCGAUUUACCGCCCGCUACCCGUCGAUUACGUAAUAAAAGCUGCUGCGGAGCUGUGGUAAAACAUUGCUCGCAAACAGUUUAAUUUGUCGAAGCCAGGGACGAGUGGAACGACGCAUCGUCGAUUACCAAAUGGAUUUCGCGUCGCGACAUUGAUCGUUGAUCGAGUGGUAAACACGAGUUCAAGAGGAGCAAUCGAAGCAAUCGAAAGCGGUGGUUGGCGAGACGUUUCUAUGUUGGUAGAGUGGUAAAAAUGAUGCGAGAGUGGUGCGGCGCGGCGAUACGAGAACGAUACCGUGUCUCUGGGUCGGUGGUGCGGUGCGAUCGUGAUCAUGUGCAGUUGUUGACGCGCAGUUCCGACUCGUAACUAGUAACUCGUAACGCGAGUAGAGAACGCGGCAGAGCGUAAAGGAACGUUUAGUUGGAAGAGCUGCUCGAACCAUUGUCCUCGAGAUCGGGAAUGACGGCAACUGUUAUCGAGCUGAUGGAACCAAGACAACAAGACGUUCCAGCGACGGCACGAGGAUGACGCCGACCAGGACGGUGGCUGGGCUAUCGAGGCUCCUCGUCCUCGUGCCCGUCACCGUCUGCGCGACCAUUUCCUACGUCAAUCAAGAAUCGUCGCGAUGCAACGACCGAACACCACCCCCUCACACCCUGGAAAGUUGCCAUUACGACGACGACUGCAUAGAGAACGCGUAUUGCUGGAACCAAGAAGCUUGUUUGUGCAAAGAUGAUUACAUCGUCUACAAGAAUCGGACGCACGUAAAGUGUUUAAAAGUGGCAACCGCUAUCGGAGACCCAUGCGAGGCGGACAUUCAGUGUCGCAUCACCUUUGCUACCUAUUCCGAGUGUCAACGAAGUAUCUGUCAGUGCUCUGAUGGCUCUCAUUAUUUCGAGGGAAGAUGCUACGAAUCUAUCGGUUUAGGAAAAGCUUGUCAAUCGCAUCGAAAUUGUUACAUCAAAGAUAGUUACUGCGUGACAGGAUUUUGCGAGUGUACCUUGAAUUAUCAUCCGAAUCCUCGUAACGAUGGCUGCAUACCGAAUGUGGAGCUGGGCGACAAGUGCUCCAAGGAUUACGAAUGCGUCGCGGAGAAUUCGACUUGCAGGAACGUUUGCUCGUGCAGAAUGAGUCACGUGGUAUCGAACGACGGUAAGCGGUGUCUGAGAGCUGCCAAUUCCGUUGGAGAACCGUGUCAAGAGGAUUCUCAAUGCCGGUUAUUCCUGAAAGACUCGAACUGCGGGUCUAACGGUGAAUGCAUUUGCGCGGACAAGUUUCAUCGGAGCGGUUCCGAGUGUUUAAAGGACGUUGCGUUGAACGCACGAUGCGAAAGCCACAGAGAGUGCGUGACCGAUAGACACAGAGAUUCGCAUUCUAUCCAAGUGACGAACGUCGAAUGCCUAGACGACGUCUGCGUCUGCGCCAAAGAUUAUAUUAUCACGGAAGAGUUACGCGAUUGCAUUCCAUACGUGGACAGUGGUGGGGCUUCGGUAUCAACGCCUUGGAAGGGAAUUACUCGAGUUUUCUUCUUGGCGCUUCUUACAAGAGUUUCGAUGUUUUGAAUGUCGUCCUACACCACGACCACGACGCGAUUCUUACCGAACCGUAACAACAUUCUAUACAGCUAUACACCAAGUUCGAUUCGUUGUAAAUAUCUUUUAUGUUGUAUCAGCGCGAGCGUUGGGAUCGCCGCGAUCGAGACGGCCGUGCCGCGGCCGAACCGCUACCAAAGAGUUGGUUAUUUCGCUAGAUAAAUAAUUUAUUUGCGAUUCGCUACGUUGCUACACGAUAGAUAGCUAGAUACCUAGAUACCUAGAUACCUUGGACGGUUCAUCGAUC